UUUUCGUGGACUUAGACGCGCGGCUGCGUCGCCUGGUUCGCCUAUUAGUUGUUGUUCACAGACUUGUAACGCCUCUGGCUCUGCACAAAUUUCUAUUCCACCAUUUCCACGUACGCACUGUACCGUGAUGGUAAUAGCAGGCACCCGUCCCCCAACUGUACCACCUUCCUCGGCGGGAAGUUGUAUAAGUCCAUCGUCUAUUUGGACCCCUUCAUCAACGGCUGGAGGAAUAUCAACGCCAAAUAGACAACAACAAAUAAAUUUUCCUUUUGAUGAGCAACAAAAUAAUGAAAAUGAACAAUUAAUUUUACAUUUCCCACAUUUACCACCAUCACCUAAUGUUUUGGCUAGUAAAGAUAAUGAAGCUGAACAACCGAUCUUAAUCAGUUUAGAACAACAACAAUCGUUGAUUUCUCAAUACGGAUUUCAAACACACAGACCUCGACCUCCACUAAAUAGAGCAAUUCCCCCAAUUCCUGAAUCACGUUCCAACGAGUCAAUUCAGUCAAGUCAAUCAAUGCUGACUCGGCGACCAAGUAAUGGAUUGCAGUUGCAAACGGUGCAAAUAAUCGAUGAAAAUAAUCCAAUCGAUGAACCUGUGCCGAAACAAGCAGUGACUGGUGAUGAUGUUAUGGGAGUAUCAACAAUAACAAUAAAAGAAACAACUAAUAUUACAACUAAAACAAGUCGACUACCAAAAUUUGUUCGAAGAAAGGAAAAGAAAGAUUCUGUUGAACAACAAGAGAAAAAACAACAAAAACCUCCAAAAAAAUAA